UCUUCUUCAGAUAACAUAGAUGGAGAAUAGGACGGAAGUGACACACUUCAUCCUGCUGGGACUGACCAAUGACCCAGAUCUACAAGUCCCUCUCUUUGUGACCUUCUUCCUCAUCUACACCAUCACUCUGGUUGGGAACCUGGGGAUGAUCCUGUUGAUUCUCCUGGACUCCCGUCUCCACACUCCCAUGUACUUUUUCCUGGGCAACCUGUCUCUGGUGGACUUUUGCUACUCUUCAGCUGUCACUCCCAAGGUCAUGACUGGGCUCCUUCUUGGAGACAAGGUCAUCUCCUACAAUGCUUGUGCUGCUCAGAUGUUCUUUUUUGUAGUCUCAGCUACUGUUGAAAAUUUCCUCUUGUGCUCAAUGGCCUAUGAUCGCUAUGCAGCAGUGUGCAAGCCCCUGCACUACACCACCACCAUGACAACAAGUAUGUGUAUGUGGCUGAUCUUAGGCUGUUAUGUCAUUGGUUUCCUGAAUGCCUCCAUCCACACUGGGAACACAUUCAGUCUUGUGUUCUGUCUUUCCAAUGUGGUCCAUCACUUUUUCUGUGAAAUUCCAGCAGUCAUGGUUCUUUCCUGCUCGGAGAGACAUGUUAAUGAGCUGGUUCUUAUUUAUGUAGCCAGCUUCAAUAUCUUUUUUGGUGUUAUAGUUAUCGUAAUAUCCUACAUAUUCAUUUUCAUCACAAUCCUGAAGAUGCGCUCAGAUACAGGACAUAGGAAGGCUAUGUCCACCUGUGCCUCCCACUUCACAGCAGUCUCCAUUUUCUAUGGGACUCUAAUCUUCAUGUACUUACAGCCCAGCUCCAGUCACUCCAUGGACACAGACAAAAUCAUAUCUGUGUUCUAUACUAUGGUCAUCCCCAUGCUGAACCCUAUGGUCUACAGCCUGAGGAACAAGGAGGUCAAGAGCGCAUUCACAAAGACGGUUUUAAAAGCAAAAUAAUCUUUAUGAUUCUGCUUUUAACUUUUUUUUGACAUGCAUAGUACCUGAACUCAUUUCUUUAUGAUCUUUUCCAUGUGAUGUGGCACAUAUUUCAUGGUUUUUAAUUUUGAAAUUAUUAUGCAUUGGUGGAAAAAUUCAAACACAAUGCAUAGUGUGACUGGCAUAUCGAACACUGACAAGCUCCAAAGCUCCAUAUUGGCCCUAUAAUUAGUCAAUUGCUAUUUUCUAAAACCUUUUUCAGUCAUUCUACCUGGCACACAGGAACUAACUCUGCAGGUAUGAUUAACUGAGACUUUUAGGACUGAAAAGCCAUUGAAAUUAACCAUGCAUGCCUUAAAGCCAAUCCCAUGCAUAUUAUGAAAGAAAAGUCAGAAAAACAUGACCACAGAAAAAGGGGAGUUGGCAACAAGACCCCGGAUGCAGGGGAUGUUACCAUUGAUGGUGGCCGCCACCUCAAGGUGGAAGGUGUGAAUGUGGGAGAUUCACCUAGAGAUGAUGUAGAAACCAGGACUUUGAUGACACACUGGUCACAGCUCAGAAAGAUGGUUUCAAGCUUCUGGUUUCUGUGAAAGAAUUCAUAUGUGCUGUCUAAACUUCAUAUAUGCAAUACAGUUAUAGCAACCAAGGAAAACAGCCAAAACAUGUAGUCUCUUCCAUGUCAUCAUGAUACAUUACAAUUAUAUGUUAGUUUUGGAGAAUGCAAAAUAGAAACUAUCUGCUCCUGGGGUUUGCUUUGUUGGAAUAUUAUUUUUUACUAUUUGAUUAUUUGCAAUUUUUAUAAGUAUAUUCAGAAUUCUUUAUUAUAGUCUAUUUUGCUUGUGUGGGUAUUUUCAGGAAUCUGUAUUUUUCAGUGUUUUCCAAUAUAUUGUUAUGGAGCUAUUCACGAAAUUCACUAGGUUCUUGGAUAUAUAAGGUCAGAGGUUAUAUUCUCAGUUUUAUUUAUGACUUUGUUAAUCUGAAUUUUCUCUCUUUUUUCAUAGUCUUCAA